AUGGGAUGGACCCAAAGCAGAGCCCUACUGGCACUGCAUGGCAGCCUACGGUGGUCGUGGAAGUCACCCUAUUGGAGAACAACAGCAAAGUUGCGGCGAGACAUCCAUCUAUGGCUUGGACCCGCCAGAGGUCACAUCACCACCUCAGCCUUGGAGUCGACGAGUGGAUAUAUUGUUCAAGCUGCAAUAGAGAAAGCAUCUCAAGGGGGAAAGUGUCGCCAUAGCCGUCAAAGUGAACCUGACCCACCCAAAGCCCCCUACGACAUAGUAUUAAGACUAACAUUGAGCGCUCCAUCCUCUAUAGUAUGUCGGCACCCUAAGUGGCUUAACUUCAACAGCCAAGUUGAGGCGGCCUAUAAUGCCCAGGCCCUGACCCGCAGCACUACGGCCCCUUAUAGCCCCAGCCCGCACCUAAUAAAUCCCGAAAUUGUCCAUGUCGGGGAUGAACACGGCCUCCAGGCCGCUUCCAACAGGCCAUUGGCCAAGUACUUGGAGGCCCAGGGUGUAAACAUAUGUUUCGGUGACUUUAAGUGCGCGGGGCUAGUAUAUGUACAACAACGUCCCAGACGUUAUUGGCUUGACCACAAUACGAGGUCAACCAGAGCUAAGGUUGGUGGGGAAAUAAAGGUUCCCUGGGUCUGGGCGCAUUCACUGGCGGGUGCGUACAACUACCCCGACAAGCUGCGCCGUAUACUGGCUCAGCCCCUUCCGUAUAUGCAGGAGCUUGGUUCUGCCUUCGGCUUCCUAAGCAACCAUAAGGAAACUAUUUUCCUUAGACAGACUCAGCUUCCAAAAGGUACAUGGCACGUGGAGUACUCACCAGUGUCACACUGGUAUGACGUCUACCGGCCCUCGGCCCAUGUUUCAAUGAAACAACCCAUAUUCUAUGUGGCCAAACUUGCAAGUAGGCAAGGGCCAGUAGAUAACCAAACCCCGAGGCUACGAUAG